AAUUCAUCAGGGCUUUCUUCCUUUUGGUCAGCUGACCUGACUUCUGUACUGCUCUUUAGUUCCUGUCCAGCAUGAACUGAAUGCUCUCUCUGCAGGAGUUCCCUUUGUCACCACGUGAUUUAAAGUCUCUGGGCCAAAAACUGACUCAGAAGAUAUGAUGAGGAAGUAAAAUGUCAAAGAAGAUCAGCUGGGGCAGAAUGCUUCAUCUUUUGGGAGAGCCUGCUGUUGUUCACUGUGUGAAAGAAUUUUUUAAAAAAGAAGCUUAAAGGGUAGUGACCCUGCCCCAACUUCAGCCGGAAAGCUUUUUGAGGAAACACAAAAUGAAUCCUGAGACAAAAAAACUGUUGAACAUCAUUGUUCUAGGAACAGCCUUUAUGUUUAUGUUCACUGCUUUCCAAACAUGUGGAAAUGUUGCGCAAACCGUCAUCACAAAUUUAAAUCACACUGAUUUCCAUGGCAGUGGCUAUACAAGCAUGGCUGUUAUUUAUGGGGUGUUUUCAGCAUCCAAUCUUAUCUCGCCUUCGGUGGUUGCCAUCAUAGGACCGCAAUUGUCCAUGUUUGUUAGUGGUAUCUUUUACAGCAUAUAUAUUGCCGUUUUUAUCCAGCCUUCUACUUGGAGCUUCUACACAGCCUCUGUUUUCCUUGGAAUAGCAGCUGCUGUAUUGUGGACUGCUCAGGGAAACUGUCUGACAAUAAAUUCCAACGAAAACACCAUUGGCAGAAACAGUGGCAUCUUCUGGGCAUUACUACAAUCCAGUUUGUUUUUUGGAAAUUUAUAUAUAUACUUUGCCUGGCAAGGGAAACUUCAUAUAUCAGAAAAUGACCGUAGGACCGUCUUCAUUGCUCUGACGGUGAUUAGUCUUGUGGGGACCGUUCUGUUUUUUCUCAUUAGGACCCCAGAAGAAUCAAAUUCAGAGGAAGAAGAAGCUGAUGCCUCUACUGACAACCUCAUAGAACGCACGUCUGGCCAAAGCAACAUGACAAGGGCCAUCGAUGCAUUUAAAAGAUCCAUCAAGCUGUGUGUCACAAAAGAGAUUCUGCUGCUUAGCAUCACAACGGCCUAUACAGGUCUGGAAUUAACGUUCUUCUCUGGAGUGUAUGGGACCUGUAUAGGUGCUGUAAAUAAAUUUGGAACUGAAGAAAAAAGUCUGAUUGGACUCUCUGGUAUUUUUAUUGGUAUUGGAGAAAUAUUAGGUGGAGGAAUCUUUGGCCUUCUGAGCAAAAACAACCGUUUUGGCAGGAACCCAGUGGUGAUGUUAGGCAUUGUGGUCCAUUUUGUAGCCUUCUAUCUGAUUUUCUACAACAUGCCAAACGAUGCCCCCAUCGCCUCCAUCCAUGGCACAGACAGCAUAGCAUUCAUGGAACCAAGCAAAGAAGUGGCAAUUUUCUGCAGCUUCUUACUGGGUCUAGGUGAUAGCUGUUUCAACACUCAACUCCUCAGUAUUUUGGGAUUCCUAUACUCAGAAGACAGUGCACCUGCCUUUGCAGUCUUUAAAUUCAUACAGUCUGUCUGUGCUGCCAUCGCGUACUUCUACAGCAACUACCUGCUUCUUCAGUGGCAGCUUCUGAUUAUGGCCGUGGUUGGGUUCUUUGGGACACUUUCCUUCUUCACCGUGGAGUGGGAGGCCCCAGCCUUUGUGGCCAAAAACACAGAUUACAGCAGCAUUUGAUGGAGGCAGUUUCAGCGGCCCGCGACAGUAUUCACAUGCAGAGACACAAGCACGUGCUCUUUAGAAAAGACUUGAUAGCAUCUUCUGAACACAGGGAAGACUGAACUCCAAAGUUUAAAAAUCUUACCCUCCCCUUAUCAACGUGUUGUGAUGGGUAUUGCAUACUACAAUGUGGAAUAGUAACCUGGCCAUUGGGGCAGCGAAGCCUCUUCUUAAUUAUUUCCACUUGCCAAGUGCCUGCAUCUUACGCUUAUGCCCACCUAUUGUGGAGACCCUUUAUUCUUUUUAAUUGCAUUCCUUUUUCAUUUUUUACUUGAUUGUCUCUGAAGCGAACAGUAGUCUUUUCAGGACACCCCUCCCCCCCCCAAGUACAUGAGGCUAUUUUUUCACAAGAUGGAAGGCCAGUUCACUUUGUGGAUUUAUAUGGAAAUCCAUGGAGGAUUUCCAAUGCUUUUAAAAUAACCCCACUUCCAUUUUUCUCCACAUAACUCUAAUGUUCUUACAUUAUAAUGUGAAUGAGCGUCGAUUUUUUAAAAGAGGAGCUAUAUAUUAUGGGAUAAUAGCAUAAGGGAAUGAAAUGCAUUUGCACAAGCUAUUUUAGCUAAUUUUAGCUGAGUUUCAUCAGAGGUAAAAAUGAUUAUGGUUCAGAACCCCCAUAGUCCCCAUAUUCCUGUGUGCUCUGAGACUUUAUAUUAUAUUUUCUCAGGAUCAAGUUUAUAAUGAUAUUUGCUGCUAUGAAACUCUGUAGGAAAUCCACUCCAGAGACUCCCAAAUACUUUACCAUAGUGAUCCCACAAAUAUUCAAAUACCCUGGUGUUCUGCAUGGCUUGUCACAGGCAUAAAAUUUCUCAGCUGCACAGGUAGGGACCUGAUUAAGGAAAGUGCUGUGCUGGAUUCUAGCCUCAUUGUCUUACUUUACUGGCAACAUCAUUUGGGGAAAUUUGCCACCACAGACUUUUAAUAUGUUUUUUAAUGCUUGCUUGGGAAGAAUAAGAUCUUACGAGUUUAGCAUUGUCAGGAUCCCAGGGAGGAACACCGCUAAGAGCAAUGGCAAGAGACUCAGGGCCAUUUAAAAUGUUAAAUCCUACAAAUUGCUUACAGUGCUCUCCUGUGCAUGUUUACUCAGAAGUAGGGCUUACGCCCUAGUAACUGUUACAGAUUGCAGCCUUAAAAUGUAAAUGUAGGGAAAUGUGUGAAAACCAUAUAUGACAAUCAUGGUGUCUGUGUACAGUUAGUGUCUGCAUGUACACAACUAGAUACAUUGAAUUGCAUACUCUGUGCUUAAAGGGAUAAGUGGAAAAAUGCAGUACACUAAGCCCACAACUUAUGCACAUUUGACUUAGGUGCAUUCAGCUUUACAUGCUUGGCAAUUUU